CCCAAUCUUCAUUGUUGCAUAAGUAACAAAAAUGGCAAAACUUGCCUUCCUUUUUGUAUCCCUUCUCUCUUUUCUUCUUCUUCCUCUUCUCCGUGUCCAUGGUUUUACUGCUUCGGGAUGGACUCGAGCUCAUGCUACUUUUUACGGCGGCAGCGAUGCUUCAGGAACAAUGGGUGGUGCUUGUGGUUAUGGAAACUUGUACGCAACCAAAUACGGCACUCGCACUGCUGCACUUAGCACCGCCCUUUUCAACGACGGUGCCGCCUGCGGCCAAUGUUACAAAAUCAUCUGCGACUACAAAACCGACCCACGGUGGUGCAAAAAAGGCGUCUCCGUCACAAUCACCGCCACAAACUUCUGCCCCCCAAAUUUCGCUCAGCCUAGCGACGACGGAGGAUGGUGCAACCCACCUCGCCAACAUUUCGACAUGGCGCAACCCGCUUGGGAGAAAAUCGGAAUCUACAGAGGCGGAAUCAUCCCGAUUAUCUACCAAAGAGUUCCGUGUAAGAAACGCGGCGGAGUGAGGUUCACCAUUAACGGCAGAGAUUACUUCGAGCUUGUUAUGAUAAGCAACAUCGGAGGCGCUGGAUCGAUUCGGUCGGUGCAGGUGAAAGGAUCGAGAACUGGAUGGAUGGCAAUGUCAAGAAAUUGGGGAGCAAAUUGGCAAUCAAAUUCGUAUCUGAAUGGUCAAUCGAUGUCGUUCAAGGUGACGACCACCGACGGUGUCAUCAGAACUUUCAACAAUAUUGUUCCGGCGAAUUGGGGAUUCGGGCAGACGUUUGCAAGCCGGGUUCAGUUCUGAAAAUAAACCGGGUUUAGGGUUUAUGAAUGGUGGCAGCGGCGUGCUUACUCUUUUUGUGGAAGCAGCCCGCCGGUCGGAGAUUUGGGAUUCU